GUCCCUAUCCAAAACAGAAAUAUGGCGUCGACUGAAUCGCAGCCGCGGUUCGGCCAGUCUGUCAAAGGUUUAUUAUCCGACAAGGUGGGCUCCUGUAGCGGGGAUGUGAUUGCACUGACCCGCCAGGUUCUGAAAGGAUCCCGCAGUCAGGAGCUUCUUGGUCAAGCAGCAAGAAAUAUGGUCAUUCAGGAGGACGCCAUCCUGCACUCUGAGGAUAGUCUGAGAAAAAUGUCCAUAAUCACCACACAUUUACAGUACCAGCAGGAGGCCAUCCAGAAGAACGUGGAGCACUCUAAAAACCUGCAGGACCAGCUGAGACAUCUGCUGAAGUGACGGUGACCUCCCCUGCACCCCCGACCUCAGGAGGGAUCCUGUGUUCACCAACACUGUCUGAGCAGGGAAUGAAGCAUCGGCAGGCUUUAGUACCAUGUUUAUACUUUGUAACACAGUGCAGGCUGGUACAGCUGGGACUGUUAUCCACUCACAUUAUGGAGGUGAGGUGCUGCUCUGUGUGAAACGCAAACACAAAACUGUGCCUAAGGGUUGCUCUGCAAAGCAACAGCCGUGGAACACUUGUCCUUGAGUUGUGUGAAAUGUUGUGAUCGGUUGUAUUAAAUUAAUUUAUUGAGUGA